UGGGAAGCUCCCCUGACUGCUCGAAGAAGUUUAUCGGGCCAUCGCGACACAUGCGACACGACACGCGCCGCUUUAGCUUCACGUCCAGACCGAGGGGCUUUAAAGCGAGCACACAAACUGAGUCCAUGUCAGUACAGUGUGUCACCUCCUCCCAUCGCCGCUGAAGCCUGAAGCUGACAUCCAGCUUGUCCUUGUCGGAUCAGGGUAAUCGAUGAGACUGACCAGGAGAGAGGGUGAAGCAGAGGAAGAACUGAGGGAUGUGUCUGUACUUGUGAAGGAGGAGGAGGAGGGGGGGGGGGCAGCUCCUCCCAUAAUUAAGUUAGUGUGCUGCGCUGGAGGUCCAUGUUUACGGGACGGGCGAGGGAGUUUCCUUCAGUCGGCGGACAGCUCUCAGAAGGCAGCUCGCUCUCUGCUCUCUGCUCUCGCUGGUUAUUCCUGCAUCUUUCUCCUCCGACAGGCCGAUAGAGGACGAGGCGGAAGGGAAGAAGCAGCACCUGCCUUAACCCUCCACCGCCACCUCCGUCCGCUCUGCCUGCCCGGCCCAGGACCUCGACUCGACCGCCAUCAUGUGCGACUGUUUCCACCUGGCCUUCCCCAACUGGCACGCUGCCUCCUCAGGAACGGGAGCUGGGCGAAGGCUGCGAGGACCAGAAGCUGCCACAGAGGACGAUUCAACAUGUGAGGAACCGUCUCAGUUCACGGAGGGGGAGCGACCGCGACCGCAGGGAUCGUCCCCCGUCGAGGAGUUUCCUGAAAGCGACAAAUACGGCGACAGUGACAAAGAGUGUGAAGCAGAGCAUGACCACAAAAGCGGGAGUGGAAAGAAAACUAAAAAGUCUGGGCUUGGGUCCAUGUUUGAGAAGCGUUCGACUCCAAAGAUGAGUAAACUGAAGGAGGUUCACAGCCCUGAGUCGGAGGUGAUCGUCAAAACAGCCAAAGAUGGAUGUGCAGAGGGUCUCGUUUAUGGUGGAGGAGGAAGAGAGGGUAUCUUCAUCAAACAAGUGGUGCCAGAGUCACCGGCAUCCAAAAGUUUGAAAGUGAAAGAAGGUGAUCAGAUUCUGAGUGCCACCGUUUAUUUCGACAACGUGACCUAUGAGGAUGCCAUUCAGAUUCUGGAGCACGCUCAGGCCUACAAACUGAAGCUUUGCCUGAAGCGCAAACCAGACAUCACAGAGACCGAACCAGUCAUCGAUUCUGAUGUCAUCCCUGAGGAAGAGGUCGACACUCCAGAGAUGAGGGAGCAAGGAAAAACCAAAAGAAGAGGAGACGCCCGCAUUUCGUGGCCCAAGUUUCCCUCCUUUGGAAAAGGACGAAAAUCACGUUUUGCAAGAUCUCACAGCUCCUCAGAGGCUGAUGAGCAGAGAAAGCUUGAGCUUAGCCCAACAACAAGUGACACAGAGUCCCCUAUAAAAUCUCAGGAUGCUCUCAAAGGCAAGAAGAAGCAUAAAAUGAAGCUCUCCUUGACUAAGAGAAGCCGCAUAAGUUCUUCUGAAGACCAGGAUACCGACGCACCAACAACCGGUCAGACCAGCAGCGAUGUUCACCAGGCAGGAGAGUCAGAUAUGCUGGCAGCUGAGUGCCUUGAAAGUCCCUCAGGAGAAACACCGCAAGUCUACUUGACAGAGGAUCUGAAGGUAAAAGAAGAAUUAAAAUUGGAACAAAGCAUCCCAGCACUGACUGAAACUCAAACUGCUCAGCAUAAAGUGGAACUCAUCAGCAUAGACAGCACUCUGAAAACAACAGAUCUAACUGUGGGGCUGACAAAUCAAGAAAGCCCCACCAAGUCUCCUGACGGGAAGAAAAAGAAGAAAGAAAAGUCUGAAAUAAAGAUUAAACUUUUGGGGAAGGACAAAUCCCAAAAGAAAGAAGCAAAAGCCAAAUCCUCACCAAAAAGGCUAAAAACACUGGGGGCAAGUUUUGAAAUAGUGGAUCAACCUGAAAAUCAAAAAUCUGCAAAACCACCUCAAGACCAGCCCGCACUUGAUGUCAAUACCCAAAUGAACGUCCCAAAAGUGGAACUUGAAGCAUCAGAUGUUACAUUUCCACAAAAAUCUCCAAAGAAAGGUGAAGAAAAAACACAGAAAGGCAAAGCCAAACAAAAACAAGAGACUAAAUCAAGUACAAUGUUCAAACUGCCUAAAGUAGGCUUGAGCGAUAUUUCUCCUGAGGAAAUCAUUCAAAAAACAACCGCAAAUGUUGAAGAUUGCACAACUAAAGUUCAACAGCUCCCAACCAAAGGUGCAGAAGUCAAAGAAGAUCCUUAUGAGAUACUUUCAAAAAGCAGUGUUUCCAGAACCCAACUUCCAAAACGUGAAGACAUUGAGAUUCCAGGUAUGGAAGACGUGUCCAGGAAGACCACAGCCAAAGGAAUUAAAGAGCCUAAAGCUGUGUAUACAGGAUAUCAUGAAGAAAUUCACGCUGAAACUGUACAGAUGUCAAUAGAUGUUGACAGUGUGAAGGAGGCAGUUUCAAAAUUGCCUGGAUUCAAGCUGCCAAAGGUUGAUACAUCUGGGGUGCCUAUUCCAGAGGAAAUUACUGUGAUAGAUGCAAAUGCACAAAGAAUAUCAGUGAAAACACCUACUAAAGUGGUAGAUAACAAGGCAAAGCAUGAGGUACACUUCACAAAGUUUGAAAUAACUGCCUCUCCAGAGGUCUCCAAGACGACAGUCAAACUACCAAAGAUCACACCUGCUGAUUUCAUCUCAGAGGAGCUUUUAGUUGCAACCAAGGUAGAGUGUAAAAAAACUCAAAAGGAACACAAAACUAAGACAAAACGCAGUGACAAAGACAUCAAAACCGAGGAAUGUAAAAGAGAUGAAAUUGUAAUACCUGGAAAAGAAAGUGCAUCAGGAGUGUUCGUUAUUCAGACACAAGAAACAGAGGGAAUUCAGUUGGAAUAUGAAUCUGCAGCUACAAAAGACUCAGAGAAGAAAUCAAAAAAGGCAAAGAUAACAAUGCCUAGCUUUGGAAUCGGAAAACCAGACAUCAGAAUCCCUGAUAUAGGAAUUGAUUUGCCAAAACAAAGGAUCUCUGAGCAAAAAGGUGAUGCAGUAAAAGAGGGAACUACAGUUCUCCAAGAAGAAAAGAUGUCACAAAGUGAAACAAAGGAAGGCAAGGGGCAGAUUGGAGGAUUCAUGUGCGAUGUCAAAAUACCUGAAAUCGAUGGCAUUGAAUACAUUGAUUCAACAGAAGGUUCACCUGCCAAAACGGAUGGUGGUACACGGCGUACGGGCUUUGAUGUUAAUCUAGAAGCAAAACCAAAGGCUGACAUUUCCUUACCAGAGGUCAAACAUGAAGUAAAGGAUGUAACAAUUAAACUGCCCAAAUUUGAAGCAAGUGUGCCUGAUGGGGAUAAGGAUGUAAACAUUGAUGGAGUUGAGAUAAAAACUCUUGAAAGAGAAAGAAAAGGCAGCAAGUUUAAAGUGCCAAAUCUUGGCAUCUCCAUGCCAAAAGUGAAAGGACCGAAAGUUGAUUUAAGCUUGUCAAAGAAAGAUGCAGAGGCUAAAGCUGAGGUACAACUUCCAGAAGUCCCUGGGAAAGAUGUUACUCUUGGAAGCGUGGAUGUUUCUAUCCCAGAACAAAAGUUAGAGGUUCAAAGAUCAGAAGUGGAAAUCAAACCACCAGAGCUUGAAGGUGAACUUGAUGGACAAGGAAGCAAAUUCAAAAUGCCAAAGUUUGGUAUUCAAAUGCCAAAAAUAACAGGCCCUGAAUUUGAUUUAAGCCUGUCACAGAAAGACGCAGACGCAGAUGUCAAACUCCCAGAGGCUAAAGCUGAGGUACAACUUCCAGAAGCCCCUCAGACUGGUGUUUCUCUGGGAAGCAUGAAUGUUUCUAUUCCAGAGCAAAAGAUAGAGGUCCAAAAACCUGAACUUGAAGGUGGACUUGAUGGACAAGGAAGCAAGUUUAAGAUGCCAAAGCUGGGAAUCGCAAUGCCAAAAGGAAAAGGGCCUGAAUUUGAUUUGAGCUUGUCAAAGAAAGAUGUUGAUGUCGCACUACCAGAAGCCAAGGGGAAGCUCCUUGGUGUUGAACUGAAGGAUUCCUCUGCAAAAAUCGAAAUUCAAGCUCCUGAAAUUGAAGUGGUAGAAAAAGAUGCAGAAGAUUCACCAUCAAAAUUUAAAAUGGCAUCUUUCAAAUUGCCCAAAUUUGGAGCGGGCAUUAGUUCUCCAGAGGUUGGGUCUGCAGUUAACGCUGCAGUUGAUUUAAAAACUACAGGAGCUGAGCAUGAGGGAAAAGGAAGCAAGUUUAAAAUGCCACAUCUCGGUUUCUCUAUGCCAAAGGUGAAAGGACCCAAAAUUGACUUAGGCUCACCAAAGAAACACAUAGAUACCACAUUACCAGAGGCUGAAGCAGAUGUCAAACUUCCUGAUGUCAAUCUUGAAGAAGCAGAUGUUUCAAUUCCAGAGGUGACGAUGGAGGUCAAAAAACCUGAACUGGAAAUGCAGACCCUGCAGGCUGAAGGUCAACUUGAUGGACAAGGAGGAAAGUUCAAAAUGCCAAAGUUUGGAAUGUCAAUGCCGAAAGUAAAGGGACCCGAAUUUCAUCUAGGAUCUUCAAAGAAAGAUGUACAUGUCACAACACCAGAAGUAAAAGCCGGCAUCUACCUUCCUGAUACUGAAUUGGAAACACCUUCCACAAAAGUAGAAAUGAAAGCUCCUGAUAUUGAAAUUGCCGCUAAGGAUACAGAAGGAUCAUCGUCAACAUUUAAAAUGCCAAAUUUAAGUCUCUCUUUGCCUAAAGUUAAAGGGCCUGAUAUAAAUUUGAGCUUACCAAAGAAAGAAACAGAUAUCACAAUGCCAGAGGUUGAAACUGAGGUCAAAUUCCCAGAAGCCUCUAAACGUGAUGUCAGUCUUGGAAAAGCAGAGGUUGUGAUACCAGAGGCAGCAGUGCAAGUUAAAAAACCUGAAGUGCAAAUCAAAGCUUUGCAGACCGAAGUUGAACUUGAAGGACAAGGAGGCAAGUUUAAAAUGCCAAAGUUUGGAAUCACAAUGCCAAAAGUAAAGGGGCCUGAAAUUGAUUUGAGUUUAUCAAAGAAAGAUGCACAUGCAAAACUACCAGAGGCUAAAGCUGAUGUUAAACUUAAGGAGGGCCCUGAAGUUGAUGUUGAGAUUGAAGGUGAAUUUGAUGGAAAAAGAAACAAGUUUAAGAUGCCUAAGCUUGGAAUUAAAAUGCCAAAAAUAAAAGGCCCUGAAUUUGAUGUAAGCAUGUCAAAGAAAGAUGCAGAUGCAGCGGUACGACUCCCUGAAGCCCCUAGUACUGAUGUUACUCUUGGAAGCAUAGAUGGUUCGAUUCCAGAAGCAAGGAUGGAGGUUAUAAAACCUGAACUGGAAAUCAAACCAGCUCAAACUGAAGGGGAAAUGGAUGGACAAGGAAGCAAGUUCAAAAUGCCAGCAUUUGGAAUGUCAGUGCCAAAAGUUAAAGGACCUGAAGUUGAUUUCAGUUUAUCAAAGAAAGACGUAGACAUCACACUACCAGAAGCCAAAGCAGAAGUCAGUAUGCCUGGUGCUGGCAUAAAAGAACCCUCUGCUAAGGUGGACUUCAAACCUGCUGACGUUGAAGCUCAAUUAGGCGAUGUGAAAGGAUCACCAUCGAAAUUUAAAUUGCCAAAUUUCAAAUUUCCCAAAUUUGGUGUCACUACACCACAUAUCAGUGCUGAAAUACCUGAUUCAGAAAAAGAUAUCAAAAUUGAUGCUGGUGACAUGCACAUAUCAGACAUAGAUGUGACACUACCAGAGGCCAAACCUGAAGUCAAACUCCCUGAUGUUGAACUGAAAAAACCUUCUGCUGAAGUGGAAGUUAAAGGUCCCGAGAUCAGGGUUGUGAAGAAGGAAAGGGAAGGAUCACCAUCAAAAUUUAAGAUGCCGAUAUUCAAAUUACCAAAAUUUGGAGCUGGUAGUCCAAGUGUCACAGCAGAAGUACGAGAUGUUGAUAAAGGUGUCAAAAUAGAUGGAGGUGAGAUUAAGGUUCCAGAGGAGGUUCUUUCAGUUACCAUUGAAGGCCCCAGCAUUGACACAAAAGGUCCAUCAAUAGACAUAAAAAGUACAGGAACAGAACAUGAAGGAAAAGGAAGCAAGUUCAAACUGCCAAGUCUUGGAUUUUCUAUGUCUCAAGCCAAAGCACCUGAGAUAGAUUUAAGUGUAUCAAAGAAAGAUGUAGAUGUGACACUACCAGAGGCCAAAGGUGAGAUCAAAGUCCCUGAUGUUGAACUGAAAAAACCUUCUGCUGAAGUGGAGGUUAAAGCUCCUGAGAUCAAAGUUGUGAAGAAGGAAAAAGAAGUGUCACCAUCCAAAUUUAAGAUGCCAACAAUCAAAUUACCAAAAUUUGGAGUUGGUAUUCCAAGUGUCACAGCAGAGGGACCUGAUGUAGACAAAAGCUUCAAAAUAGAUGGAGGUGAUAUUAAAGUUCCUGAGGAGGUUCUUACAGUUAGUGUUGCAGCCCCAAGCAUUGAUGCAAAAGGCCCUUCAAUAGAUAUACCAAGCACAGGAACCGAACUUGAAGGGAAAGAAGGCAAGUUUAAAAUGCCAAGUCUCGGAUUUUCUGGAUCUCAAGCCAAAGGGCCAGACAUUGGUUUAAGCUUAUCAAAGAAAGAUAUAAACGCGUCACUACCAGAGGCCCAAGCUGAAGUCAAACUUCCUGAUGUUGAACUGAAAAAACCUUCUGUUGAAGUGGAGGUUAAAGCUCCUGAGAUCAAAGUUGUGAAGAAGGAAAAAGAAGUGUCACCAUCCAAAUUUAAGAUGCCAACAAUCAAAUUACCAAAAUUUGGAGUUGGUAUUCCAAGUGUCACAGCAGAGGGACCUGAUGUAGACAAAAGCUUCAAAAUAGAUGGAGGUGAUAUUAAAGUUCCUGAGGAGGUUCUUACAGUUAGUGUUGCAGCCCCAAGCAUUGAUGCAAAAGGCCCUUCAAUAGAUAUACCAAGCACAGGAACCGAACUUGAAGGGAAAGAAGGCAAGUUUAAAAUGCCAAGUCUCGGAUUUUCUGGAUCUCAAGCCAAAGGGCCAGACAUUGGUUUAAGCUUAUCAAAGAAAGAUAUAAACGCGUCACUAUCAGAGGCCCAAGCUGAAGUCAAACUUCCUGAUGUUGAACUGAAAAAACCUUCUGUUGAAGUGGAGGUUAAAGCUCCUGAGAUCAAAGUUGUGAAGAAGGAAAAAGAAGUGUCACCAUCCAAAUUUAAGAUGCCAACAAUCAAAUUACCAAAAUUUGGAGUUGGUAUUCCAAGUGUCACAGCAGAGGGACCUGAUGUAGACAAAAGCCUCAAAAUAGAUGGAGGUGAUAUUAAAGUUCCAGAGGAGGUUCUUACAGUUAGUGUUGCAGCCCCAAGCAUUGAUGCAAAAGGCCCUUCAAUAGAUAUACCAAGCACAGGAACCGAACUUGAGGGGAAAGAAGGCAAGUUUAAAAUGCCAAGUCUCGGAUUUUCUGGAUCUCAAGCCAAAGGGCCAGACAUUGAUUUAAGCUUAUCAAAGAAAGAUAUAAACGCGUCACUACCAGAGGCCCAAGCUGAAGUCAAACUUCCUGAUGUUGAACUGAAAAAACCUUCUGUUGAAGUGGGGGUUAAAGCUCCUGAGAUCAAAGUUGUGAAGAAGGAAAAAGAAGUGUCACCAUCCAAAUUUAAGAUGCCAACAAUCAAAUUACCAAAAUUUGGAGUUGGUAUUCCAAGUGUCACAGCAGAAGGACCUCAUGUGGACAAAAAUGUGAAAUUAGACGGAGGUGACAUUAAGGUUCCCGAGGAAGUUCUUGCAGUUAAUGUCGCAGCACCAAGCAUUGACACAAAAGCUUCAUCAAUAGACAUAAAAUGUACAGGAACUGAACAUGAAGGAAAAGAAAGCAAGUUUAAACUGCCAAGCAUCGGAUUGUCUGGGUCUCAAGUCAAAGGGCCAGGCUUUGAUUUAAGCGUAUCAAAGAAAGAUGUUGAUGUGUCACUACCAGAGGCCGAAGGUGAAGUCAAACUUCCUGAAGUUGAACUGAAAAAACCUUCUGUUGAAGUGGAAAUCAAAGCUCCUGAGAUCAAAUCUGGCACAAAGAAAACAGAAGUAUCACCAUUAAAAUUUAAGAUGCCAACAUUCAAAUUACCCAAAUUUGGAGCUGGAACCCCAAGUGUCACAGCAGAAGGACCUGAUGUGGACAAAAGUUUCAAAGUAGAUGGAGCUGGCACUGAGGUUUCGGAGAAGGUUCUUUCCGUUACCAUUGCAGCACCAAGCAUUGACACAAAAGGUCCAACAAUAGACAUGAAAAGUACUGAAACUGAACAUGAAGGAAAAAGAAGCAAGUUUAAAAUGCCAAGUCUCGGGUUUUCUGGGUCUCAAGUCAAAGGGCCAGACUUUGAUUUAAGCGUAUCAAAGAAAGAUGUAGAUGUGUCACUACCAGAGGCCGAAGGUGAAGUCAAACUUCCUGAAGUUGAACUGAAAAAACCUUCUGUUGAAGUGGAAAUCAAAGCUCCUGAGAUCAAAUCUGGCACAAAGAAAACAGAAGUAUCACCAUUAAAAUUUAAGAUGCCAACAUUCAAAUUACCCAAAUUCGGAGCUGGUAGUCCAAGUGUCACAGCAGAAGGACCUGAUGUGAACAAAAGUUUCAAAGUUGAUGGAGCUGACAUUGAGGUUCCAGAGGAGGUUCUUUCAGUUACCAUUGAAGGCCCCAGCAUUGACACAAAAGGUCCAACAAUAGACAUAAAAAGUACAGGAACUGAACAUGAAGGCAAAGGAAGCAAGUUUAAAAUGCCAAGUCUUGGAUUUUCUAUGUCUCAAGCCAAAGCACCUGAGAUAGAUUUAAGCUUAUCAAAGAAAGAUGUAGAUGUGACACUACCAGAGGCCAAAGGUGAAGUCAAACUCCCUGAAGUUGAACUGAAAAAACCUUCUGCUGAAGUGGAAGUGAAAGCUUCUGAGAUCAAGGUGGGGACCAAGGAGACAGAUGGGUCACCGUCAAAAUUUAAGAUGCCGACAUUAAAACUACCAAAAUUUGGAGUUGGUACAUCAAGUGUCACAGUAGAAGGACCUGAUAUGGACAAAGAUGUCAAAAUAGAUGGGGGUAACAUCAAGGUGCCUGAGCAGGUUCUUGCAGUUAACAUUGCAGCUCCGAGCAUUGACACAAAAGCUCCAUCAAUUGAUAUAAAAACUUCAGGAACUGACCAUGAAGGGAAAGGAAGCAAGUUCAAACUGCCAAGUCUUGGAUUUUCUAUGUCUCAAGCCAAACGGUCAGACAUUGAUUUCAGUUUGUCAAAGGAAGAUGCUGAUGUGACACUACCAGAGGCCAAAGGUGAGGUGAAAAAAUCUUCUGCUGAAAUGGAAGUGAAAGGUCCUGAGGUCAAAGUUGGGACCAAGGACACAGAUGGAUCACCAUCAAAAUUUAAGAUGCCAGCAUUCAAAUUACCAAAGUUUGGAGCUGGUAGUCCAAGUGUCACAGCAGAAGUACCAAAUGUUGAUAGAGGUGUCAAAAUAGAUGGAGGUGAGAUUAAGGUUCCAGAGGAGGUUCUUUCAAUUAUCAUUGAAGGCCCCGGCAUUGACACAAAAGUUCCAUCAAUAGACAUAAAAAGUACAGGAACAGAACAUGAAGGAAAAGGAAGCAAGUUCAAACUGCCAAGUCUCGGAUUUUCUAUGUCUCAAGCCAAAGCGCCUGAGAUAGAUUUAAGUGUAUCAAAGAAAGAUGUAGAUGUGACACUACCAGAGGCCAAAGGUGAGAUCAAAGUCCCUGAUGUUGAACUGAAAAAACCUUCUGCUGAAGUGGAGGUUAAAGCUCCUGAGAUCAAAGUUGUGAAGAAGGAAAAAGAAGUGUCACCAUCCAAAUUUAAGAUGCCAACAAUCAAAUUACCAAAAUUUGGAGUCGGUGUCCCAAGUGUCACAGCAGAAGGACCUGAUAUGGACAAAGGUGUCGAAAUAGAUGGAGGUGACAUUAAGGUUCCUGAGGAGGUUCUUUCAGUUACUGUUGCAGCACCGAGCAUUGACACAAAAGCUCCAUCAAUAGACAUAAAAAGUACAGGAACUGAACAUGAAGGAAAAGGAAGCAAGUUCAAACUGCCAAGUCUUGGAUUUUCUGGGUCACAAGCCAAACGGCCAGACAUUGAUUUAAGCUUGUCAAAGAAAGAUGUUGAUGUGACACUACCAGAGUCCAAAGCUGAGGUGAAAAAACCUUCUGCUGAAGUGGAAGUGAAAGGUCCCGAGAUCAAGGUUGGGACCAAGGACACAGAUGGAUCACCAUCAAAAUUUAAGAUGACAGCAUUCAAAUUACCAAAGUUUGGAGUUGGUAGUCCAAGUGUCACAGCAGAAGGACCUGAUAUGGACAAAGGUGUCAAAAUAGAUGGAGCUGACAUGAAGGUUCCUCAGGAAGUUCUUGCGGUUAAGGUUUCAGCCCCAAGCAUUGAUGUAGAAGGACCUUCAGCUGAUAUAAAAACUACUGGAGUUGUACAUGAGGGAAAAGGAAUCAAGUUUAAAAUGCCAAGUCUUGGAUUUUCUGUGUCUCAAGCCAAAGGGCCAGACACUGAUUUAGGCUUAUCAAAGAAAGAUGUAGAUGUGACAUUACCAGAUGUCAAAGCUGAAGUCAAACUUCCUGCUGUUGAAGUCAAAGAAGCGGAGGGUGCAGCUUCAGCACCAGAUGUGAAAGGACCAAGCUGGGCAUUUCCAAGAUUUUCGUUUUCACGUCCAAGUGGUAAAACCCCCGAUGCUGAUGUGAAUCUUGAAACACCAAAAGGUGAUAUUCCAUCAGAGGCCAAAGCAGAAAUCAGUCUACCAGAUGCUGAAGUCAAAGGACCUUUUUCAACAGAACUGCCUCCUGCUGCGGAAUCUGAUACGAACUUGAAAAAAACAAGAUUUUCACUGCCCAGGUUUUCUUUUUCAAAGUCAAGCAGUAAAGAGCCUGAAGUGAGUGCCGAGGUUCCACAAGUGGACGUAUGUAUCGCAGCGGGAGAAGUGAAAGUCAAACACCCUGAAAUGGAAAUUAAAGCGCCUGAGCUUGAAGCUGAACAAAGUGGACAAGGAAGCACAUUUAAAUUGCCAAAGUUAGGAAUUGGACAACUAAAAGCAAAAGGACCUGAAGUUGAUGCCACAGUGUCAGAAGUAAAAGCAGACAUAAAACUCCCUGACAAGAAUGUCAAAGAAUCUUCAGCUGGUGUGGAAAUGAAAAGUUCUGAGGUUGAAGCUAAGUCAAAAGAUGUUGGAGAUUCACCAUUAAAGUUUAAAAUGCCAACUCUAAAAAUGAAAUUUGGCGGUGCUAGUUAUGAUGUUACCAAAGAAGCAGCCAAUGCAGAAAAAGCAGCUGAAAUUGAAGAAGCGAAACUGAAGGAGGAUGUUACUGUCGCUAUGAAAAGUCUCAGCGUUGAUAUUAAAACUGAUGUUCCCAAAGCAGCAGCAUCCGAUCCUGAAACACCAAAGACUGAGACUGAUGAUGUGGUUCUUGGAUCUCCAAAUAAAUUCAAACUACCAAUCUUUAAAAUGCCAAGGUUAAGUUUCUCAAAACCUAAACCUGAGGACGAAUAUAUCCCUGUCGACUCUGAAUUAAAAGAGGAUGAACUGAAAAAGGAAGAAGAACCAAAAGGAGAGAGCAAAUCGCCAAAAUUGAGUUUGACAUCAUUUGGUGAGAUCCUCAAGAACAUUGACGUUGAAUUUGAUGUAUCAAAAGCUGAAGAAAAUCUGGACGGUCACGAGGCAGAAAAACUCACUGAAAAGCAGUUAGCAGCAAAAGAAAAAGAAACAAAUACCAAGGCAGACACGGUCAAAAGUCCUGAGAGGACGGGUUGGUUUAAAUUCCCGAGGUUUGGCCUGUCCUCCCCAUCAGAACCGGCCAAAACUUCUCCAGAAAGUGAGCAAAAAGAUGAAGAAAUAAGCCCUACCUUUUCCGUCCAGUCAUCAGACGCCUUUGCCGAUGUUAGCUCUGCAGUCACAAGUGAGAAUCUUGGCCCGUCCUUAUCUCCUCCAACCAAGGUAACCGUCAAAUACUCUGGUCCAGAUAUUUCUGACCUGGGCGAGAUUCACAGCAACAUCAUUACUUCCACCGCGAGGACCGAGCUGAUCUCAGUCGAGCCCUACUUGCCCGAGAAAAUCACCAUCCUAUCAUCUGGAGUUUCAUCUUCAUCAGAAGACACGCUCAGACUCGAUUCUGGGAAAAUACACGUCAUUACAUCAAACAUACAGGGAACUCCAGAAGCAGAGCACGCCAAGCUACUGAGUGCUGUCGAAACCGAAUCAGCUGGAGGCCUUCUUUUGAAAUCAGAGGGGAACGAAGCAGCAUCGAAGACUGUCGAAGAAUCGCCAAGCGGCAAGAAGUCGCUGUUUGAGAGUUUGAGGCGCUUCUCAAGUGAGACACAUGAGAGCAAACAAGAAACAGUCGUCAUAACUAAACAAAUUACGCAUGUUUUCGAAUCUUCCGAGCCCAUUUCAGGUGAGACAGCUUCUUCCAUUCAACGGCUGAGAGACUCUGUGCACUCUGAGAAGAUGAGGUUCUUUGAUGGAGCUGAGAAGUGAAGUGGCUAGAUGUCAUUUUUAUGUAAAGAUACAAAUACUAAUUGCCAGAUUUAGUGGCUUGUGACAGAAAAACGAGAGAGAAAGCAUGAUGGAUAAUGGAAGUGGUCGUUACUUACCAGUUGUUGGAAAUAAAUCGUCAAUCUUCAGGUGUUAACAUGAUGAUGAUGAUGUCUGGUUGCACUUUGUUGACCUACAAAGAAACUAAUUAUUAUAAUUCUCACUGACAAUGCAAUCAAGUUGUUCAUAAGCUGUGUAAAUGAGUGCCCUUACUGCAAUUUAUGACACCAAAUAUCCUCGCUUACGGUACAGAAACAUUGGGUUUUGCAUCCCAAAACGUACAUGAAAAGCUUCGACUUUUCAUGUACCUCUUGUUACUUGUGCUCCUACUUUACACGAAGAUAAUCACCAGUGCAUUGAAAAAUAUGACUGUUUGGGACUGUUGCAAAAAUCAAUCAAUGCUACUGACAUUCCAAAAUAAAAAUGUUUACAAUAAUUUCACUAGUAAGCUAAUGGUAGAGCGUAUCAACAAUGCAGAAAUAGAGUAUGUGAUGGAAAAAACAAAUAUGUAUCACCAAGAUGUUGCUGUUGCUGUAGCUAAAAUGUAAAGAGACACUAGCAAUGCUAAGCUAAAAAUGAAAUGCUCAUGAUCAAACACAGCUGUGUACUGCUGGAACUAUAUUUUUUAUUAAUAGUUUGCUACUUAGAACCUAAUUUGCUACUAUAGAAAUCUGUCAAGAGUAUGUUUUCCUUCAAUAUCUCUGUACAAAGUGGGAAUAUUGAACUGGCCGUGUAAAUAGCUUUUAAUGGAGUUUUAUUUCAUUACUGCUCCUGUUUGUAUUCUGAUAGGCUUUAACUCAACGUGUUUGCAAAGUUAUACACAAUAAAUAAAUACUAUUAUAUGCCAA